GUAAUCUGUAUACACGCAACAAAGCAGAGUACGGGAAAGCUCUCUCGUCCUCCUCCUCUCUUUCUCUCUCUAAGGUGUUAGUGAGAGAGACUCUGCUUCAAAAAGAUUUUUGGUGAGGAGGAGACAUUAAUGGAGGGGAAAAGGUAUGCGGUGUUGCUGUGCGCAGAGGAUUCCGAGUACGUGAGGAAGAAGUACGGGGGGUAUUUCGGGGUUUUCAUCAGAAUGCUGGCGGAGGAAGGCGAGACCUGGGACGUCUACAAGGUGGCGUCCGGCGACUUCCCCGAGGAAGACGGCGAUCUCGACCUAUACGAUGGAUUCGUCAUCACCGGCAGCUGCAAUGACGCUCACGGAAAUGACGCCUGGAUCCAUCGCCUCAUCACUCUCAUUCAGAAACUCGAUUCCAUGAAGAAGAAAAUCCUCGGUAUUUGCUUCGGUCACCAGAUACUUUGUCGUGCAUUGGGAGGGAAGGUUAACCGAUCUCCCACUGGUUGGGACAUCGGUGUGAGAAGCAUAACCUUAUCAUCAUCGUCGCCAUUGUCUCCGACGUCUCUCAUGUUACCAUCAAAGCUCUCUAUAAUCCAAUGCCAUCGAGAUGAGGUGAGAGAACUUCCGAUGAAGGCAGAGAUUAUUGCAUGGUCGGAGAAGACGGGGAUCGAGAUGUUUAGGUUUGGUGAUCACAUAAUGGGGAUCCAAGGCCACCCUGAGUACACCAUUGACAUUCUUUUACACCUCAUCGACCGUCUUGUUCAACGUGACCUCAUCUUGGAAGCUUUUGGUGUGGAAGCUAGGGCUAAGGUGGUGCUGCGAGAGCCAGAUAGAGAGGCUUGGAAGAAAGUCUGUACCAGCUUCCUCAAAAGUCGCUCAUGACCAUUCAAGAAACGAAGAGAGAUAUUUAGCUUAAAAAAAAAUGGUAUUUUAGAAUUAGUGAAUGUGAAUGAGAAGUAAAAAUGGUGAAUCAUGAGAAGAAAGACGAUUUGGAAGAACUGGAAUAGUUUUGGUUGGGACCAGAGUGUUAUAAAUUAGGCUAAAUUAUACAUGAUGCUCUCAAACUUAA